UGCUGAAUUUACUGUUUCAGCAACUGCUUUCUUUCCCAUCUGUUCAGUCUGCACCAAGCUCACCAGCCGCUGGUGCAACCACAGGGCUGGUGUGGGGCUGAGGCUGUCUGAGCCAUGAACAGCUUCAGGACUGUCAUCUUCUUCUGGGCAGUGGCAGCGUGGGCUAAAGCAGGCAAGCCUUUGGGAGAGACAGUUGAGGCUGGAUUUCAAAAAUGCAAGAAUGCUUUGAAACUACCUGUCUUGGAAGUCCUACCUGGAGGGGGCUGGGAUAAUCUGCGGAAUGUGGACAUGGGACGGGUGAUGAACUUGACCUACACCAACUGCAGGACCACAGAGGAUGGGCAGUACAUCAUCCCUGAUGAAAUCUACACCAUUCCCCAGAAACAGAGCAACCUGGAGAUGAACUCAGAAAUCUUGGCAUCCUGGGUAAAUUAUCAGAGCACCACCUCCUACUCCAUCAACACAGAGCUCUCCCUUUUUUCCAAAGUCAACGGCAAGUUCUCCUCCGAGUUCCAGAGAAUGAAGACCCUUCAAGUGAAGGACCAAGCUGUAACUACCAGAGUUCAGGUAAGAAACCUGGUCUACACAGCCAAAAUCAACCCAGCUUCAGAACUAAGCUGGAGGUUUAAGAAGGAGCUCAUGGACAUCUCUGACUGUCUAGAGAACAAUCAGACAAGGAUGGCCACCUACCUGGCAGAACUCCUGGUCCUCAAUUAUGGCACCCACGUCAUCACCAGUGUGGAUGCUGGAGCUGCUCUUGUCCAGGAGGACCACAUCAGGGCCUCCUUUCUCCAGGACAGCCAGAGCAGCCACAGUGCCGUGACUGCAUCUGCUGGAGUUGCCUUCCAAAACGUCGUGAACUUCAAAUUUGAGGAGAACUACACCUUGCAGAAUGCCUUCAUCAAGGGCUACCUCUCAAACCGAACCAACUCCAGGGUGCAGAGCUUUGGAGGGGUUCCUUUUUACCCAGGCAUCACCCUCCAGGCCUGGCAGCAGGGCAUCACCAACCACCUGGUGGCAGUGGACCGUGUGGGCCUGCCACUGCAUUUCUUCAUCAACCCUGACAUGCUGCCUGCCUUGCCGGGCCCCUUGGUGAAGAAGCUGUCCAAGACGGUGGAAAACGCCGUGAGACGCUAUUACACGUUCAACACCUACCCUGGCUGCACAGAUCUCAAUUCGCCCAACUUCAAUUUUCAGGCCAACACUGAUGACGGCUCCUGCGAGGGGAAAAUGACCAACUUCUCCUUCGGUGGGGUUUAUCAGGAAUGUACCCAGCGCUCAGGAAAUGCGGAUGUCCUCCUCUGCCAACACUUGGAGCAGAAGAAUCCACUCACUGGCGAUUUCUCCUGUCCCUCUGGCUAUUCCCCAGUUCACCUGCUGUCCCAGAUCCACGAGGAGGGGUAUAACCACCUGGAGUGUCAACGGAAGUGUACGCUCCUCAUCUUCUGCAAGACAGUGUGUGAAGAUGUGUUCCGGGUGGCAAAGGCUGAAUUUAGGGCUUUUUGGUGUGCAGCCAGUGGCCAAGUACCCGAAAACUCAGGACUACUUUUUGGGGGCCUCUUCAGCGGUAAGAGCAUAAACCCCAUGACAAAUGCGCAGUCAUGCCCAGCCGGCUACUUUCCACUGAGACUCUUUGAAAACCUCAAGGUAUGUGCUUCUCAGGACUAUGAGUUGGGAAACAGGUUUUCGGUCCCCUUUGGUGGGUUCUUCAGCUGCACAGUUGGGAACCCCUUGGUGGAUUCUGCCAUGUCCAGAGAUUUAGGGGCACCUUCUCUGAAAAAGUGCCCCGGGGGCUUCAGCCAACACCUGGCCCUCAUCAGUGAUGGCUGCCAAAUAUCCUACUGCGUCAAGUCCGGGCUCUUUACAGGAGGGUCCCUGCCCCCUGCCAGGCUCCCGCCUUACACACAGCCACCCCUCAUGAGUCAGGCUGCCACCAACACUGUCAUAGUGACCAGUUCGGAGGGUGCAAGAUCCUGGAUUAAAGACCCCCAGACCCACCAGUGGAGGCUGGGAGAGCCAUUGGAGCUGCGCAGGGCCAUGAAUGUCAUCCAUGGGGAUAGUGGGGGUCUGUCAGGGGGGGCGGCAGCUGGGGUCACAGUGGGGGUCACCACCGUUCUGGCUGCUGUCAUCGCCCUGGCCAUCUAUGGCACACGGAAGUUCAAGAAGAAGGGAUACCAGGAAAUUGAGGACGAGAGGCAGAGUUUGGCUCCAGGCAUAGCAGCAAUGGGAGACACCCCUGACGGAGAGCAGGUGCAGAGUCCUGCUUAAAUCUUGCCCGGGAAAUGGUUUCAUCUCUAGCCAGAGUGGUCAUCUCCAGCCACUUUUGCCUUCUUAGCUAUUGAAGUGGCAAGUGCAACAAAUAGCAGGUAUAACAUUGUGACUUCUUGUCUAGGUCUCUGGGCCAGGAAAUUUACAUUGCUACAUGGACAAGGCUGGGGGUGGGAGGAGGCAGCAGUUGUGACUCUUGGAAGCAAAAGCCAUCCUGGGGACUAAAAUGAGAGGGGUGUGUCCUCUCCCUAUGUGCCUCACUAAUUGUCUUCACUUAAAUGUACUGUGUACAAAGACAGAAGGGAGGGUAUUGACAUUUGGAUUUGGAAACUAUGCAUUUAAUGUGAAGUCCGUAGUGUUUCCCAAUUUGCAAGCUGCAAGAAUUUUUGCCUUUAAGCAUUACCUUCCCUCUAUUUUGUUUUUUAAAAAGCUGUCUGGAUUUCAUGCUCCUAGAGGUUAACAGAGCCCUGAAAAGACACAGCAAGUCCUGCUUGGCCACUGCUUUUUAGCUUUAGGCUUGCAUGUUGAGGGACUGCGUCACCCCCUCUGGGUCAUCUCAAUAGCCUGUGCCGACGCCACUCUUUCCAACUGCCCCACGACGAAGACUUAGGCCAGACCACUCUUGGACUUCUGACUGGUGUCAGCAAGUCCUCAGAAAGCAUUUUAACUUACAAACUUUUAUCAGGAGGGCAAGGGGAAAGGGAUGGUUUGGAGACCAGGGGUAAGUAAAGAAAGAUAAAAACUGGAGAAAAAGAAUCUGGUGCUCAAAGGAAAUUGGAAUUCUUUACCCACAUCCAACCACUUGAUUUCUUCCUCUUAGCUCAGCAUAAAUUGGGCACCAAAAGGAGCCGUAGAUUUGGAUAGACCGAGCAUUACAGUUCCAUGUUCUAUGUUACCAAGGUACAACCCCUUCCUCUUCCAUGAAUGGUCCCUACACUUCCUAUCGUCCUGUUACACACACACACACACACACACACACACACACACCCCCUGCAUUCCAAGGAGUCUGCAUUGUUCUGGGGGUGAAAAAAGUAAGAAGCAAAGUAAGCCCACAUCUAAGUAUUACUUCCUUCCUAAAAUCAAAACAGAGUAGAAAGCACCAAUUAUGCACUGUACUUUUUUUUUUUUUUCCUAACAGAAAGGGAGCUGGCAUGAUCAACUCCAUGUUUUUAAAUGAGACCUGAUCGACUCCAUGUUUUUAAAUGAACUGAAAAAGGCCUCCCGCGCCACUUGUGACACAUUCAUUUCGGUCCCAGGCCAACAGCC